UACCUACCUAUUUAUUAAAGAUAAUAUUCGUAGUUUAAAAAAAUGAUUUUUAAAUUCCCCUCUAAUAAAACUCUUGCGAAAAUUGCUGUUUAUGGAGCUAUAUUUAGUGUUUCAAGUGUUGCUUAUAUGCAAUUUAGGAUAAAAGAUCAAAUAAGAAAUCAAAAAUAUUUUCGAGAAGCAAUGAGUGAACUGAGAAAGAAUCCUGGUGCGAUUAAAUUAUUGGGUGAACCUAUAAGAGAAAGUGGCUUUGAAUUAGCAGGAACGAAAAAUUGGUUUAAAGGAGGAAAAAUUGAACAAUUUGAAAUUUCAGUAAAAGGAUCUAAAGAUAAAGGAACAAUUUUCUUCGACUCUGAUAAAACUGAUGAAGGUUGGAUACUUAAAAAACUAGAAUUAGAAGUAAAAGCUCACCCAGAUAAAAGAUUUCUAGUAAAAGCAAAUAGUUAAUAAAAUAUUGUUUACAAUAACACACAUAUAUAAAUUGCAUUUAGUGCAAUACUUUUGUUGACUAGCCACUAGCAUGCAUGGCUGGGGUUUAUUUUGUUCUAACCAUGACAAAACAGAAAACAAAAAGCAAAAAGAAGUAAAAAUAAUAUACAUAGCUUUAAAUACGAUUUUGGAAUAAAGCGAUACACGGAAAAACCUCUUUAUUUUUACUUUUUCAAAGUUUUUAGUAAAAUCCUAAAUGAGGAUGUGAUAAUUGAGCUAUUAAUAUAUGAAGUACUCUAUACUAAAUGAAAUUAUUAAUGGAGAUAUCAAGGUUGAAAAUCAUCAGAUUACUGCUACUUAAUACAUGAAGGCAUAAAAUUUGGUUAAAACAAUAGCUGAAAAUAUUUUUUUAAAAUAAGAUUUAAACAUAAAAUUCGGUCUUUAACUCCAUCGAGAUCUAGAUUUGUUUAACCUGGCGAGUAACAAAAUUGUAAAAAGAACUUGAAAGAUAAUAGAAAUGUAAAGAAAAAUACAGAUUUUCUGACAAAAAAGGUCAAUAUUUUAAAAAAUAUAGUAUUGGCUUUUUGAUCAUCCACUAAAAUGUGUAAUUACUUGCAAAUCUCCCACAUUUUAAUAAGGAAUUUAUGCGGAUAAUGUUCUGUUUCUGUUUUUUAUGGUUACCAUGAUUAAAUUUUUUAUUUAGUUUUAAUAAAUCUCAAUUGAAAUAUACUUGUAUAAUUGGUAGUCUUCGUCUUAUACAUAAAUAGUUUUUUUCUCUUGUAAAAACUAAAGCAGAUAUUUUCCUGGGAUAGUACGUAGCUGUAUAGUAUUACCUUCAUUACUUUGAUUUCAAAGUAUAAUUUGAACAUACUUACUGUAUCUUCUUACAUUGCUAAUAAAAGUGAUUUACAAAUGUAUACUGUUUUAGAUUAAUUAGGAAUUGAUUUCAAAAGGAACCGUAUUACGAAGAAUAUUACUGUUGAUAACCAUAGAAUAAUAGAAGAUUCUGCUCUCUAUUCAUUGUUCAAUAUUCAGAUGUUGACUUAACAAGUUGACUUCCACACAAUUUAUGAAUAAGAAUUUAAUUAUUAAUAUGAAAUUUUGAAAUUUUUAGGGGCAUCGAAAAAUAAAACAUUUGUAUUAAUAAUAUAUUUUACAAAUACAUUUAUUAAUAUUAGUAAGAUUUAUUUCUCUUUUAACUUGUUUUAAUUUUAUUUAUGUUUUUUUUUUUUUUAAUUUAUUUUUUGUAUUUUAAAUGUGGUUUAGUGUUGUUCUAUGACUUAAGAAAUAUUUUCAGCUUUAUUAUUUUGCUCUGCACUUUUAUUAUAUUAUGAUUUUCUUCAUUAACUUAUUUAAAAAUUAUAAUAAAUUUUUUUAUAAUUCAAUUAUUUUUAAUAAUUUAUUUUCAAUUAAUUAGUUUGUUUGUGGUUUUUUCUAUUCUAUGUAGAAAUGUUUUUUUUUCAAAUUAAAAGAUAAUUAUGUAUUUUAUAAUAUUGUUCAUUCUAUAUACUAAUUUACGGAUUACUUAAUGGAUAGUAUAAUUAAUAAUAAUUCGCGUAAAUUUAAAAAAAGAACAGAAUUUAACUAAGGUUGAAAAUAUGUUACAUAAACUAACUACUUCACCGGAAGCUAGCCUAGCUUAAUAUUUUUUUUUGUUUAGAUUUUUAUUUUCAGAUUUAGUUUAAAAUUUCCAAUUGCAAUUUAAUAUUUUGUUCUUACCUGUAGAAAUUUCUCGAACGCUUACUUAUAAUAUAGUGAAUUAAAAAAAAAAAAAAUCAAUAAUAAACUGUGGUAUAGAUUUUUUUUUAUAUUAUUUUUUAGUUAGGCUAUCCAGUGCCUUAAAUUAUAUACAUAUGUAUAUUUAUUUCAAUGAACCUUAUAUCAAAGUAUACUUGUUAUUCUCUUAAAGUAUUCUCGAGAGUUAAACUGAAAUUGUUAUAUAGUAUAUAUUUUCUAUUUAAUUAUUUAAACUUAUCAUGGUUCGUAUAAAAAUAAAAAUGAUAACACAUUGAAGGGAGAAUCUGUAAAAUCCAAUGUAAUUUGCUUUCGAUUAACUCUUUUUCCAUAAAUGAUAAUUCAAUUUCUAGAUAAUGAAGAAUAUCUAGUGAAGAUUAAUUUAUAAAUUUCUGAUUUUCCAUCACUAUAUGUAUACAAAUAUUUAAUUUCAAAGCAAUGAAACUUCUGUAGCGCAUAAUCUUUAAAAAAAAUAAAGAAAAAUUGGAAAAGUUAUCAAAUUUUUUAUAAGCCCAAGGGUAAAUCAAUUCCAAUAAGUUUAAUAAAAAUUAACUAAUAUUUUUCUAAAUUUAUUAGUACUUAAAGAAUUUCAAUGGCAGUUCUUUAAUAAUUUCAUUCUUGUAUAUUUUUUUUUUAAUUUCAUACUGGAUAGUUAAUGAUUUUUUUGUAAAGUUCAAAAUUAAAAUAGAAUUCAUAUGAAAAUUUUAUAUGUAAUUUAUAAAAAUAUUUCAAAAUUAUGAAUGAAUAUGUAAUUUGUGUAUUUUUGUGUAAUUUUAUUAAAUUUUGUUUUUAUUAUAUUUCUUUUUAUUUAAAUAAUAUAAUUAAAUUUUAAAUUUACAUCAAAUAUAUAUAUUUAUUUGAUUUCUAUUUUAUUAUGAUUGUAUAAAAGCGUCCAGCACUUUUCUUAGCUUUUGCUUGUGGUAUUUUUUUUUUUAAUUUGCUUAAGAUACUUACAUUUAAUAUGUAUUUGAUUACUUAUCUAAUAUAUUAGUUUUUUUUUUUUAAAUUAAUACAAUUAUAUAAAACAUUCAAUUUUAUUUUCAUUAACAAAUAUUUACGAAUCUCGUUUUAUUUGAAAAAUUGAGAUCCUUGUUGAAUUUGAAAUCCAAUUGUGAAUUGAUUUUUAAACCUCUGCAGAAUUUUAUUUUUAUAGUUUUCUAAAAAAAUGACAAAUAAUAUUUAGAAUUUCAUAUAAAAUUCGAAAUAUUGAAUAGAACAGAAGUAAUAAUGAAAUAUGUAUAUUAUGAAAUAAAAUUAAUAUGUAGCUGAUUUUAUUGGUACUUGUUAAUUUUAUUUCUUGUCUAAUUUGCAAGUAAUUUUAUUACAUUAGGAAAAGGUGAUUAUUGUUAAUUGAAAAUCAUUUUGUUUAAGCCGAUUUUUUAAUCUAAAGUAAUUUUUCAAUUGAUCCAAGACGUUUGAUUAUUGACUAAGAUCCAAGAUUGACUAUUGAUGUAAAAUUGAAAUCAUUAUUCAAAUAUUGAAAUAUUUGGGAGGCUAUAUCGAUUUUUUAUGGCUUUUGACAACUUGCAAAUCUAUCAAUAGGAGGUAAAAUCCAAUAAGAUUUAAAAAUAAUAAUCAAAUAAAAAAAUUAUAUGAAAUUUUUCUUAAUUUUAAACUUAAUUUAUUAUGACAUCUAUUCAUUUUUUUAAAUUUUUUACAAUUAUUUUUUUUUUUGUUUUUUUUUUACUUUUCAUAUUUUUAUAAUUACAUAAUUUUUAAAAUGUUUACUCUAUUUUAAAUACAUAUAAAUUUAUGUAUUUUACUUUGAUUUUGCUAUUAAUGAAUUGUUGCAAGAACGAAUUGUUUUUGUUUCUCCUAAAUUUAUGCAAAUUAAUUAUUUGAAUUAUAUUUUAUUGUGUUUGGUAACUUGAUAUAUUGAGAGUGUCAUCAAAUAAACAGCUGUCUACAAUUUUACAAUUAUUUUCAUAGUUAAUUGCAAAAAUGGUUUGCUCAGCCAUUGAAUAACUUUCUUCCCUAAGAUAUUUUUACAAUAAAAUCAUCGGCAAAAAAUUAAUGAGUUAUUUAUGAAAAUUUAUGAAUUUAUGAAUUUUUGUUAUAUUAAUUUAAAAUUGCUUAAUUCAAAAAUAAUUGAUGAAUUUCUUAAAAAUUCAGUUUGAUUUUUCUAUGGUUAAUAUAAAAAUCACUUAAACUAAAUUUGUUUAAAAAAGUUGAGUUUACAAAUUGAUUAUUGAGAACUAUUAUAUUAUACCAGAGGCUCACAAACUUUUUUCGCUCGUAGAACUCUUGUCGUGUUUUUGAAUUUUUGAUAGACCCCCUUCUACUUCCUUUAAUAGAUUUAAAUUUGUACCAGUAGCAAGGUACACCUAUGAUGUGAGAAAGGUAUAUAAAAACUUAUUGAACUAAAUUCAUAUUUUUUCGUAGACCCCUAGCAGGCCUUCAUGGACCCCUGUGGGUCUAUAUAGACCAUUUUGGGAAUAACUGUAUUAUACAAUAAUCUUCCUUUAAAUUUAAAAUUUGCAAAAUUAAACACAAUAACACAAAAACAAGAAAUAAAUUGUUACAUUUUUAAUUUUUAAAAUACGGAUCAGUUGAUUUUAAUUUUACAAUUUGUUUAUUAUUCAAUGAUUUGACGAGACUCUUAUAUCCCCGCUCCCAAUAUAUAAUUUCGAAUUUUGAUCGAAAUAUUUUUCAAUUAAAUUUUUUUGCUUAUUAUAUACAAAUAAAUAAUUUUUUUAUAAAGUUUUAUUUAAAUGCUUGCACAUUUAAUUGAUUUUGUUUUGCUUUAUUUUUUGUUUUUUGUAUUUUAAAUAUUAAAUAUACAUUUAUAUAUAUUUGUUUUUUUUUAAUAUGUUUCAUAAAAAUCAUAUUAAAAAAUGAUUUUGCUUUAAAAAUAUUUGGUUCUUUUUUUCUUUUGUUUUGUUGUAAUUGUGGUUAUAUAAUUAGUUUUCAAGAUUUCUUGAUAGAUUUACCUAAAAAAGCAUAGCGAAUUUUGUAUAAAAAAUAAUUUCUACAUGUGAAAUUCUUCUUAUUUUAAAAAAUAAUUUUCAAUUUUUUUCAAUGGUUUUUUUUUCUUUUUUUUUUUUGUGUGUGUGUUUUUUUUUUUGAUAAAAUGUUUUAAAUUUUUACACCUGCUUGGUAAUUAUAUUUAUUUAAUUCUUUUAGAUUUUGUAUGGCAAUGGUUUAAUUAAUAAAAUAAACGAUUUUUGACUUAAUAAUCUUAUGAAACUCUAUGAAAUAUUAUUUUUUGCAUGUUAUCGAAUUCAUUAACGAAAAAAAAAUUUGGGAACUAAAAAAUUGUUUAAAAAGUUUUUAAGAUUGCAUAUUGAAUUGAUGAAGUUUCUUUGCUUCUUAAAUGGUUCUCUUUGGUUUUUUUUUACUAUAAUUUAAUUUUAUUUUAUUCCAAACUUAAAUUCAAAGGGAAAUUAUUAAUUUUAAAUAGGAAAUGAAUUAAAUUAACACAAAAAAAAAUGUUUUUAACUUCAAAAUAAUUUACGAAAAUUAGUUUUUAUUUUUUAAACUUUGAAUUUGUUUUGAUCUACGAUUAUUAAGUCAAUAAAUUGUCUUAAGUUUUGUUUUCUAAUUUUCCAAUAAUUUUUAAAUUUUUCUUAUAAUUUCUAUUUUGAUUCAAUUUAAUAGUUUUUUUUUUCCUUUUUUUGCUGUUUUUGUUCAAUGUUUGAAAGUAUGACACUUAUUUCAUAAAUUUAGAAACUUAUACAUUAUAAAUUUUCUAUAUAUUUUUUUUAUAUUUUUUUUCGAAUUUUAUUUAUUUUAUGCUUAUCUAAUAUAUUGUUUAUUUAGUAUUUUAAUGUAUUUUCAUAUAAAUAGAAAUAACAUUUUUCUUUUUGAGCCUGCAUUUUGUAUGAAAACCAAAAAACAAAAAAAGAAACCGAACAAAUUGAUUAUACAAAAUUAUAAGUUGUAAUAAAAAUACAAUAAAGAAUAUUUUAACAAUAAUUUAUGAUUUUCACCUUAAAAAUAAAUUUUUAAAUUUUCUAACUAUUUUUUUAAAAUAUUAAAUAUUUUGAAUAAUUUUUUGAUAAGUUUUUUCUUGUUUUAUUUUUAAUUGAAGGGUAAUAUUAAUUAAAUAAAAAGUUAUAUGAUUUAAAAUUUAAAUGAAUAAUAUUUAUUUUAUUUUUGAAAAUGAAAAAAUAUUUAAACUAGUUACAAAAAAAAAUAUUUAAAUUAAAAAUUUGCAAAUUAUAAAAAUUUUAAACACAGAAUGUGAUUUAUUUAAACACGUUCUUGUUGGCUGGCUAGUAUUCAAAAUUUAUUAUUGCUAUUUUAAAAGAACAAUGUAUUCAAAAAUAAUAAAAUAUGAAAUGACAGACUUAUUAAUUUAAUUUAAGUAUAAAUCAAUUAAAGUAUAAAACGAAAAUAAUUAUAUUUCAAAUUUUUAAUUUUUUUGAUUUAAAAAUUAAAUUUUAUUAUAUUUAUAUUAUUUAAGUUAAAAAAAAAAAACAAUUGAAUUUUAUUUUGUGCAUAUUUAAUUCAAAAAACAUUUUUAUUACUAAUUUUAUUUAAAAUAUGGCAAUAAUUUAAAAAUGAAAACAAAAUUUAAUGAUAAAAU